AUGCAUACGCCUAAUCUUUUUUUUCGACGCCUUUAUAUUUCAAGACAGUUCGAGAAGAGACCGCAACACUCAGCUCCCAAACUCCCCAACUUGUCCAUGCUCACUAUGGUAUCUCCUUCUCCUCACCCUUUGUCCUUCAGUAUGUCACGUCCGUGGGAGCCCAACCGAUGUCCCGAAUACUAUCGAUCGAGGACAUACAACGAUAAAUUUACUCUUGUCCCGAUCCGACAGGAAUUCCCCGACCUGCAGCUUCAGACCCAACCACCGCAUGAUCUCAACAACAAGCCGCCCGUAACAGGGCCGCCUCUAGGCACAGCAGCCUUAACUGCAACAUCACCUCAAUAUGUGUACUCACUCAAUUCUAGUAAGAGAAGGAGGGUAUCAAUGGAGACUGAGGCUGAGUCUCAGAGAGUCUGUCAAGCACCGCGUCUCUGCUAUAGCCCCGACCGACCUCCACCCAGACAGACUUCACCAAACCUGCCCAUGCAACAGGAGAAUUGGGAGGCUCCCACAAGAAUUGGCCCAUUUCAGGCCAAAAUCAGUGAACCAGCAAAUUCUCGACCAAUAAUGCCCAGUCUUCGUCGUCCACAUUCUGUGCGACUAAAGUUACCUGUCAGUAGUGGGCCAGUACCUUCAGAUGGCAAUCCCCAAUCUCGGCAGCCAAUACGACAUUCACAGAUAACCAUUUCUGAAUCGGGCGUCUCACUUUAUUGCGAGUGCAGCUAUGGGCAUCCUUACCAUCAUCCAGCACAAUAUCAGUCACUCUGUACAGGAGUGGCUCACUCGUUUGACCACACGCCGUUUACUCAGGGCGCGUGCAACUCACAUUACCAGGCUUUUGCUCCAUACGGUCAUAUUGGUCCUGCCAGUGUCAGCGGCGACAAUAAACAACAGAUGCGAAAGCGAACCCUAUCCAGGACUCAAGAUAAGCUCAGAAAGUGGUUCGCGGCAAACCUUCAACACCCAUACCCAACCGAGGAUGAAAAGCAAGAUCUCAUGCGACAGACCGGAUUACGGAUGGGUAAGUUGAUUCAGCUGAGCUACGCUGGUGGCCAGGAAAGUUCUGCGUAUCGUGGCACAAUUUUUCCCAGUACCACUAGAACUGCCGAAGCCUUCGCUGGGAGCAAGUCGAUAGGUCUUGGAGCCCCGCCUCGAACUUGGUACAACAGACCUCCUCCGGUGCUUACCAGCAACCGAACCAUAAUUAGGCCACCAUUGUUGCUUGAACCGCCGCCCCCUUUACCAAGGGUUCCCGAUUUAACAAAAGUCCAGCAUGUACAAGAACUAUGUUUGGCCCCGAUCAGGAACCAGCCACUAUCUCAGACUCCUAUUAUCCUCCCUAGGGUUUCUGAGCUAUAUGUCUCUAUAGUAUAG